AAAAAUUUCUCCCUUUCAUUAAAAAAAAAGGUGAAAUUUCAUUAAGAAAAGUUGUAUUCUUUCUAAGAGAAGAUCAAGGAAAGUGUGUUUUUUCUGUUUGGUUAAAAAGAAAAAUGUAUGCAGAGACAGGGCUGUUUUUCCCUUACAUGCAGAACUUUGCUGCUCAAGAUUUCCAGCAGCUUGGAGAUUACUGUAAAACCCAGAAACCCAAUGCUUCAACGGACAACCUGAUUCCGACCUCGACGAUAUCUGAAUAUUCUCUGGGAGGAGAUGGUGAUCUGUUCAAAGCUCCAGAACCGAUCAUCGAGGAACCGGCUUUAGGCCUUGAUCCCAUGACUGCAGCCAUCUCGUUGAUCUCGUGUGGUGAAGAUGUCAUUACUUCACAAGAACUUAAGGCUGCGGACAUCGAAUCGUUUCGAAACGAUCAGCUUUUGGAGGUUCUCUAUGAGUGCGAGAAGGAUCUGAUGGCACAAGCGGCGAUCGGAACGCCGCUGGUAGAGAUCCUUGAUAUCAAGAUUCCAGUCAUGGAAACGGAUGGAAACCAAACUCAAGAAAAUGAAAUGCUCUGCGAUGUAUCGUUCUCGAAAAGUGUCAGCUCAAGUUGUUUAAGCUCGAUGGAAUGGAUGCAAGAAGCUGCAAUCAAGCCUAAUUUUCUCGAUUUCCCCGGAAUGGAUUUCGAUACCGUUUACGGGAUGAGGAGAGCGUUUAGUGAAGGAGAUAUAAAGACUCUUGGCAAUGUUAACGUGAGCGUCAUCCAUUCUCCGGUGGAGCGACCGUUAAUCUUCAGCAGCUAUUCUACCGAAGAUCGAAGAGAAAAGCUCUCGAGAUACAGGAACAAAAAGACAAAGAGGAACUUUGGAAGGAAAAUCAAGUAUGCUUGCCGGAAGGCACUUGCCGACAGUCAACCAAGGAUCCGCGGAAGGUUCGCAAGGACAGAAGAAUCCGACAACCCCAAGAGGCAGUAACUGUUUAGAUGACUUGAAUAAAAUUACCGAGCGAAGCAGGAAUGAAGUAGCUAGGACCGAUGAGACAUAUAUUAUUAGAUAGGUAAUGCUAAAUAAACCAGAAGCUAG